GGACAGCAUAGCACAGCAUCAUGAAUCCAGAUCAAGAAGCGAAAUUUCCUCUGCAUGAGGCAGCUAGGGAAGGCAAAACUCCGACUGCCGAGUCGCUGUUGAAUGCAAACCCGAAACUCGCUACGGUGAAAGAUGACGACGAGCGUCUCCCCAUCCACUGGGCCGUUGCGUUCAAUCAUCUUCCCAUAGUAGAGCUCUUAGUAGCUCAGAAGAACUUCGAUCCGGACGUGGAGGAUGGAUUGGGAUGGACUCCGCUCAUGAUCGCAGCGAGCCUGAAGAAUGCAGAAGGCGACCCCAUCAUCGACCUGCUACUACGAAAAGGCGCAGACGUCAGUGUCAAGAGCGUCUCCGGCCAGGUAUGUGUCGAAUGAUUACAGAUCCAGCUACUACUAGUUUCUCAUCCCCGCGCGCUCGCUUUAAACAGAAUGCCCUCCAUUUCGCAACAUCCAAAGGCAACCUCUCCACCGUGCGCACGUUAUUAGCCAACAAAUGCAGCGCCAGAGUCAAGGACAGAAGAGGGCAAUUACCACUUCACCGCGCUGCGGCAAUUGGAUCCAUCCCUAUUAUCAAACUUCUCUUAGAGGAAGGGAAGAGCCCGGUCAAUGCUACCGACAUCGAUGGCUUAACGGCUCUGCAUCAUGCCAUCUCUGAGGGUCAUGGGGAUGCGGCAAUCACAUUGCUCAAGGCUGGUGCGGAGGCCGACAAGAAGGAUUCUGAAGGUCGUCUGGCUAUUGAGAUGGCGCCUGAUGCGAAAGUUAAGAAAUAUAUCUUGCAGACUGCCGAGAGAGAGGGUAUUGAACUUUGAUUUGAACGCAGCCAGAAUAUUUUUACUGCAGGGCGAUAUUACCGUGUAAUAUGUAUCGGAUACCCAGGGCUACAUUCCUCGUCUCCAUGAAUUAGAAUG